AUGCCCAGCGAUGCGCAAGCCCCCGUGAAGCUCUCGCUGCCUCUCGAGUUCCAACAGGACAUCUUCAACGAACUGCGCGAGGAAGAUGAGCUCGUCCUCCUUGCGCGCGGCCUCGGCCUCUUGCGCAUUGUAACCAACCUCCUUCACUCUUACGAUGCUGCUGGGAACAACCUCAUACUGCUCGUCGGCGCUGACGAUCGCGAGAAUGUGUGGAUUGGCGAGGCGUUGGCCGAGCAUGCGGCGGUCAGUAAUGCGCUCAAGUGCCGCGGGCUGAGCCUGGUCAAUACCGAUCUGAUGAGCGUUGGAACACGCGAGAAGAUGUAUGCGCAGGGCGGAAUAUUCAGUAUAACGUCACGCAUCCUCAUCGUAGACUUCCUGUCUGGGUUACUAAACCCAGAAACGGUGACGGGUGUGGUGGUACUGCACGCUGAAAGGGUCGUCGCGACAUCCCUAGAGGCCUUCAUCCUGCGCAUCUACCGGCAGAAGAACAAGGCAGGCUUUUUGAAGGCAUUCUCCGAUACGCCAGAGCCAUUCACUACCGGAUUCGCUCCGCUCACCAUCAUGAUGAAGAACCUGUUCUUGACGAAACCGGCGCUAUACCCAAGAUUCCACGUCGCAGUCGCAAACUCGCUCGAAGGACGUAAGAAAGCUGAAGUCAUUGAGCUGGAGGUGCCCAUGACGGAAGCUAUGCAGGACAUACAGAACGCGGUACUAGCCUGCGUUGAAGCCAGUAUCAGCGAGCUCAAGAAAGCGAACCCAGGCUUGGAGGUGGAAGAUUGGAACGUGGACAGUGCCCUUCACAAAAACUUCGACCAGAUCAUCAGACGUCAACUAGACCCCGUCUGGCAUCGCACAACGUACAAGACACGACAGGUCGUCCGAGAUUUGUCGCUGCUUCGUACCAUUCUGCAUGCGCUUCUGACAUAUGAUGCGGUAAACUUCAACAAGUACCUCGACACUGUAUUGGCAGCCUCGCAACCACCGCCGGGAUCGACGAAGCAGAACCAGUCACCAUGGCUGUUCCUAGAUGCGGCCGAUACCAUUUUCACUACCGCCAAGCGACGAGUAUAUACUGGUAAGGUGUCCAACGCCGAGUUAGCUAACGCCUCGAACACAGUGCCAGAGUCUCUACAGCCAGUCCUCGAAGAAUUUCCCAAAUGGACGCAGCUUGCAGAAAUCCUCCAAGAGAUUGAGCAGGAUGCUUACUUCAACCCAACACCGCAAGAUUCCUCCAACGGCUCCAUACUUAUCAUGUGCGGCGACCAGGGUACAGCAUCACAGCUGAGAGAGUAUCUGCAAACCAUGUAUGUCAAGCCAGAGGGUGUACCGGAUGAGGAAGAAGACGAGUACGAGCCAUCCGCGAAAUUUAUGAUGCGACGUAAGCUACGUAACUACCUCACUUGGAAACGCGACUUCAGCAAAGUCAGCGCUGCCUUGUUUUCGGAGAAUCAAAAAGCCAUCAAUAACAGCACAGACAAGAAUGUUCAGAGCGGUAUGCGCCAGACGUCUGGUAAACCUCCGCCUAGCAAGCGACGUCGCAUACGAGGAGGUGGAAACGCUGCAGCAGGUCCUUCACGAUCAGAUACAGGAGCUGUUCGUACAGCAGGAGACCGCGACGCCCACAUUGCAAGUUUGAUGGCUGAACUGGAACCCACGGAAAUCGAAGCAGCGCAAAAGCCUGGCGACGUAGGUUUCGACCCUCUUGACAACAUGGAAAGCUACUACGAGCUCUUUGACAUGAACUCCCUGAUCAUCGUACACCCCUACUCCGGAGAUCUAGACGAACACAUCCUAGACGAGACAAAACCUCGAUAUGUCAUCAUGUACGAGCCUGACGCAGCGUUCAUUCGGCGUAUAGAAGUGUACCGAUCAUCACACACAGACCGAACGGUGAAAGUCUUCUUCAUGUACUACGGAGGCAGUGUAGAAGAACAACGCUACCUCUCCGCCGUCCGCCGCGAAAAAGACGCCUUCACCCGCCUGAUCAAGGAACGCGCAAACAUGGCUUUAACCAUAAACUCUACCGCGAACCUCGCUCCCGAAGAGUCUUUCCUCCGCACAAUCAACACCAGGAUAGCUGGAGGAGGUCGCCUUGCUGCAACCACCGAACCUCCCCGCGUCGUCGUCGAUGUACGAGAAUUCCGCUCCUCACUCCCAUCAUUGUUGCACGGCCGAUCCAUUGUCAUCGUCCCCUGCAUGUUAACAGUAGGCGACUACGUCCUUACACCUCAAAUUUGCAUCGAGCGCAAAUCCAUCCGCGAUCUCAUCCAAUCAUUCGCCAACGGCCGUCUUUUCAACCAAGUAGAAUCCAUGACGGAACACUACAAACACCCCAUGCUACUCAUCGAAUUCGACCAAAACAAGUCUUUCACCUUGGAACCUUUCACGGAUUUCUCAGCUGGUAGCGCUGCUUCUGCUAAUGCGUCAGCGACGACCCCAGAUCUUCAAUCAAAACUCGUCAUGCUGACGCUCGCCUUCCCGCGUUUGAGGAUAAUAUGGAGUAGCUCCCCUUACCAAACCGCCGAGAUCUUCUCUGAAUUGAAAAAGGCGCAGGAUGAGCCUGAUCCGUUGAGAGCAGUGCAGUUGGGUCUUGAUCCUAAUCAGAGUGGAGACGAGAUGCGAAGCUUCAAUCAGACGAGUCAGGACAUGUUGAGGGCGCUGCCUGGGGUAAACGAGAAUGUGGUCACGACAUUGAUGCUGAAGAGUGAGAGUAUUUAUGAGGUAGCAAACAUGCAGGAGAGGGAGAUUUGUUGGUUGGUGGGGACGGACGUGGGGAGGAGGGUGUGGAGGUUCUUUAAUCGAUCAGUGUAUGAAGAAGUACAGUGGCAGAAUUUUAGUUAG